CGCUUUUAUAGUUUUACGGGAACCAAUCAGUGACACACACGGUUCAGUUCAAUGCGCUAUUAGCCUGGCACGAAAAUUAAUCUGGAACAUCCCAACUUAGGUACAUGAUGAAACUCAUUACACCGUACGUAAUUUUAAUUUUGUUCGCGUCUGUCCUCGCCGACGUUUUUGACGAUAUCCAGUUUGAGGAAGACAAAAACAAAAGUCCCGAAACAGUUCCCUUCGACGAAUUUGUCGUGGUACUAUCAGAGGAGAAUUUUACCGAUUACACCCGCAAGCACGAUUACGUUCUGGUUGAAUUUUAUGCACCCUGGUGUGCCUACUGCAAGCAGCUAGCCCCACAGUAUGCCCAAGCUGCCAAAACCCUAUCCGACUCGGAAUCUCCGAUUAAGCUAGCCAAAGUCGAUGCGACCGACGCAAUUUCGUUGGCCGAGGAGUACGAGAUAGGAGGAUACCCUACGUUGAAAUAUUUUCGAAAUGGCAUUCCUAUUGAUUACAGCGGUGAGCGAUCUUCUGAUGGGCUGGUUCAAUGGGUGAAUAAGAAAAUGGGACCGCCCGCCACGGAUUUGAAAGAUGUUUCAUCGGCCAAAGCGUUUGUCGAACAAGAUGUAGUUGCUAUUAUUGGGUACUUUGAAGACCAAUCGUCGGAUGAUGCCAAGAUUUUCCUAGAGGUUGCGGCAAGUACCGGCGAAUUUUCUUUCGGUAUUACAUCCGAUCCGAACGUAUUUAAAGAAUUUAACGCGAACAGUGGUGAUAUUUUUAUGUACAAAAAGUUCGAUGAUGGGACAGUACAAUUUAAAGGCGAACUAAACGUGGAUAAUCUCAACGAGUUCCUCGACGUAGAGUCGGUACCUCUACUAGCUGACUUCUCCGAAGCUCGGUACUCUGAUGGCCGCCAUUACUGCCUACUUGUUUUCCUCAACAAGUCCAGGACUGGGACAGCAAAGGUUGAAGAGGUCGCAAGAUCGGCCGCCAAACAGUUCAAGGGGAAAAUUACGUUCAGUACCGUUGACAUUAACGUGAAGGACAAUGAUUUCAUUUUGGAAUUCUCAAAGGUGAACAAAAAAGAAACGCCCACCAUUCGCAUUAUUAGGAUCGAAAGUGAGCGCGAGGUCUCUACUUUUAAAUUAGAAGCGUCUACUAUUACCGCGGGUGCCAUUAAAAAGUUUGUAAACGAUUUCUUGGAUGACAAACUUCAAAAGUACCGGUUACGACAGAAGCUUCCAAAGGGCUGGGAUAAAGGGGACGUCUACACUUUGGUUGCCGACAAUUUCGACAGUGUCGUAUCUGAUGCCAGUAAAGACGUUUUGGUAGAAUUCUGCUCACCUACAUCAACUCACUGUAUAGAAAUGAACCAAGAAUACGAAGAAGUCGGCAGGCACUUCAAGGGGACGAGCGACGUCAUCAUCGCGAGGUUAGACGUAACCGCCAAUGAGUUGGAUAAUGUCAAUGUCAAAACUUUGCCAACAUUUCACUUGUAUAGAAAGGGGGAUAAUAAGGUGAUUGAGUAUGGUGGACCAAGACGAGUUAAAGAAAUCGCUAGAUUUGUUACCAGCGGCGGUAAAGUGGGAGCUACUGUUGAAAAACCAGACGACGAUGAUGACGAAAAUGAAGCAUCAAUGAGAGAUGAAUUGUAAUAAAAAUAAUGUUAUGAACUAUUAAAAGACGUGUUCUUCUUUGGAAAA